AUGAGCAGUAUCACAAAAGAAGAAGUGGAGAAGUAUUUAGACAGCAAUGUUGCUUUUGCCAAGCAAUACUAUGACAAGAAAUUCAGACCUGAAGUCAUUGUGAAACAGCUGACGCCUAGACCACUAAAUGUUGAUUUCAGCUGCUUCCAUGAUUUGACUAGUCUAGAGGAAAGUGAGUUGAUUUUUGACCUCAUCAGAAACUUUCAGGACAAUCUUCAGAUGGAGAGAUCUGUCUUUCAGGUACUCAAGAAUCUCAGUUUCCUGAUAAGGGCCGACCGCAUGAGCUUGUUUAUGUACCGUCUGAGAAAUGGGACAGCUGAACUAGCUACCCGACUGUUCAAUGUCCAUAAAGAUGCCACACUGGAGGAAUGUUUAAUCCCACCUGAUUCUGAGAUUGUGUUCCCACUGGAUACAGGAAUCAUUGGACAUGUGGCACAGUCCAAGAAAACAGUCAAUGUUCCGGAUGUGAGCCAGGACAGCAGUUACUGCACUUUUGUAGAUGAACUUACAGAAUACAAGACAAAGAGUUUACUGGCCACUCCAAUAAUGAAUGGAAAGGAUGUUGUAGCAAUUAUUGUGGCUGUCAACAAAGUGGAUGGACCAUGCUUCACCAAGAAAGAUGAAGAGACAUUCUUAAGGUUCCUUAGUUUUGCCAAUUUGAUUCUGAAAGUUUACCACUUGAGUUAUCUACACAACUGUGAAACAAGAAGGGGCCAGCUGCUGUUAUGGUCAGCAAGCAAAGUAUUUGAAGAACUUACAGAUAUAGAGCGCCAGUUUCACAAAGCACUGUAUACAGUGAGAGCCUUCCUGAACUGUGAUAGGUACUCCGUUGGACUUCUGGACAUGACAAAGCAAAAGGAAUUUUUUGACUUAUGGCCCAUGUAUAUGGGAGAAGUCCCACCAUAUUCUGGACCAAGGACUCCUGAUGGCAGGGAAAUAAUCUUCUAUAAAGUAAUUGACUACAUACUACAUGGAAAAGAAGAUAUUAAAGUAAUACCAAACCCUCCUGCAGACCACUGGGCUUUGGCAAGCGGUCUGCCAGCCUAUGUUGCAGAAACUGGAUUGAUCUGUAAUAUUAUGAAUACUUCAGCUGAUGAAUCCUUUGACUUUCAGAAGGAGCCAUUGGAUGAAUCAGGGUGGACGAUUAAAAAUGUUUUGUCAAUGCCAAUCGUUAAUAAAAAGGAAGAAAUUCUUGGAGUUGCAACAUUCUAUAAUAGGAAAGAUGGAAAACCAUUUGAUGAUAUGGAUGAAACUCUGAUGGAGUCCCUGGCACAAUUCCUAGGCUGGUCUGUCCUAAACACUGACACCUAUGACAAAAUGAACAAGUUGGAAUACCGGAAAGACAUUUACCAGGAUAUGGUCAACUACCAUGUAAAAUGUUCAAAAGAUGAGAUACAGAACAUACUGGUUUUAGUUCGCUUUGUGUAUACAGUCAGUAAAGGUUACAGGAAAGUCACCUACCACAACUGGCGUCAUGGCUUCAACGUUGGACAGACCAUGUUUACUCUUCUCAUGACAGGAAAUUUAAAGAUAUACUACACAGAUUUAGAAGCCCUUGCUAUGGUCACUGCAGCCCUCUGUCAUGAUAUCGACCACAGAGGUACCAAUAACUUAUACCAAAUGAAAUCACAGCACCCAUUGGCAAAGCUCCACGGGACCUCAAUUCUAGAACGGCAUCAUUUAGAGUUUGGAAAAACCUUACUCAAAGAUGAGAGCCUGAAUAUCUUCCAAAACCUUAACCGAAGGCAAUACGACCAUGCUAUCCACAUGAUGGACAUCGCUAUUAUCGCUACUGACCUGGCGCUAUAUUUCAAGAAGAGAACAAUGUUUCAAAAGAUUGUUGAUCAGUCCAAGACAUAUAAUGACCUAGAAAAAUGGACCGAAUACAUGAUACUGGAGCCAACCAGAAAGGAAAUAGUCAUGGCAAUGAUGAUGACAGCCUGUGACCUUUCUGCAAUUGCUAAGCCUUGGGAGGUACAGAGCAAGGUAGCCCUUUUAGUUGCUGCAGAGUUCUGGGAACAAGGAGACUUGGAAAGAACAGUAUUACAGCAAACACCCAUUCCUAUGAUGGACAGGAACAAGGCAGAUGACCUUCCUAAGCUACAAGUUGGCUUCAUUGAUUUUGUGUGCACCUUUGUCUAUAAGGAAUUUUCAAGGUUCCAUGAGGAGAUAACGCCCAUGUUCGAAGGCAUACUCAAUAACAGGAAAGAGUGGAAAGCACUGGCAGACGAGCAUGAGCUCAAAGUCAAAGCCCUUGAAGAGGAAAAGAGGAAGAAAGAAGAAGAGCUGGCAGCAAAAAAAGGUAGGAGAAAAUCUGGUCAGAACAAAACAAAAAGAAAAUGGCUGCCACUUUGA